CCAGUAGUGUCAGUAAUGUGUGAUCUAUAAUAACAUGGUCAAGUCCUGCCCCAGGAACGACAGUCCGGUUUCGAACGUCAACGGGGAAACAGCUCUUCUCCUUUCUCCAAAACGCGCGGCUUGUAACCGAGUGAAAAAUUGUGCUGCUUCAGUUCAAGUGCCCCAUAUCUUCUGAUCUAAGUGUUUCGCAGACGGUUUCCCUGGAAGAAAGGAUUGGAGAUGACUGCCCAGUACAAACAAACGAAUACCAAUGGAUUAACGGCCCGGAAUUUGAACGUGGCUGUUGUUGGGGGUGGACUGGUUGGCUCUCUAUUUGCACUCCACCUCGGCAAAAAAGGACACACUGUGGACCUGUAUGAGUACAGAGAAGACAUUCGCACGGCCGAACUGGUCAUUGGUCGUAGUAUCAACUUGGCGCUGUCUGCCCGAGGCCGCAAAGCACUGGCCGAGGUGGGCCUGGAGGACGCCCUCCUGCAGCAUGGCAUUCCAAUGAAGGGCCGCAUGUUACACGAUCUGAAGGGAAACCGUAAGAUUGUGCCGUACGAUGCCAACACCAACCAGUGCAUCUACUCGGUGGGGCGAAAACAUCUGAACGAGGUGCUGCUCGACGCGGCCGAGAAGUACCCGAACAUUCAUCUUUAUUUCAACAAAAAACUCCAAUCAGCCAAUCUGGAUGAGGGAGAGAUGAGUUUCAUUGAUCCAACGACGAAGGAAUCGACUCACGCCAAGGCCGAUCUGAUCGUGGGCUGCGAUGGAGCUUACAGUGCUGUUCGCAAAGAAAUCGUCAAACGGCCGGGUUAUGACUACAGUCAGACGUACAUCGAGCAUGGCUAUCUGGAGCUGUGUAUUCCUCCGACCAAGGAUGGGGAUUUCGCGAUGCCUCACAACUAUUUGCACAUUUGGCCCCGGGGAAAGUUUAUGAUGAUCGCCCUGCCCAAUCAGGAUCGCACUUGGACGGUGACGCUGUUCAUGCCGUUCACCAACUUCAACAGUAUUAAGUGCGAUGGCGAUUUGUUGAAGUUCUUCCGGACUUAUUUCCCCGAUGCGAUUGAUCUGAUUGGUCGUGAGCGGUUGGUUAAGGAUUUCUUCAAGACCAGGCCUCAAUCGUUGGUUAUGAUCAAGUGUAAGCCAUAUAAUGUGGGCGGCAAGGCGGUGAUCAUUGGUGAUGCAGCACAUGCCAUGGUUCCCUUCUACGGGCAGGGAAUGAAUGCCGGAUUCGAAGAUUGUACCGUGUUGACCGAGUUGUUCAACGAACAUGGCAGUGACGUCGAUAGGAUACUGGCUGAAUUUAGUAACACGCGUUGGGAGGAUGCACACUCCAUCUGCGAUUUGGCCAUGUAUAAUUAUGUUGAGAUGAGAGACCUUGUCACAAAGCGUUCAUACCUGUUUCGAAAGAAGUUGGACGAACUGUUAUACUGGAUGCUGCCCAACACCUGGGUCCCACUGUACAACUCGGUAUCGUUCUCCCACAUGCGUUACAGCAAAUGCAUAGCGAACCGUAAAUGGCAAGACAAGAUUCUAACCCGCGUCUUAUACUGCUGUUCCAUCACCGCCGUUGCAGCGGCUGGUUACUUCGGCUACAAAUACGGAAAUAUGGAUCUCGUGCAACACUACUCUUCCUCUGUUCUGCAACUUCUUAAGCUAAAAUGAAAAACUCAUUUCUGCAUUUACAACAGUAUCUUUACCUAAUAAUUCCUUCAUUUACUACAAUAACAAUCGGUGAUGAUGCAAACUCUACAAAUAUUCUUUGUAUUACACUACUGCAAUAACCUGUAUGAUUCUAGUGAUGACUAUAAAUAAACGUGCAAGUGGAGCAUAUCUGUGUCGAA